AUGAGGAAUCAGACGGUUCUGACUGAAUUCUUACUGUCCGGAUUGUCUGAUCUUUCAGGUCUUCAGCUUCCUCUCUUUCUCUUCUUCCUCCUCAUCUACCUUCUGACAUUCAUCUGGAAUUUGCUGAUCAUCGUCCUCAUCGUCUCCGACUCUCACCUCCAUGUUCCUAUGUACUUCUUCCUUGGGAACCUGGCCGGUUUGGACCUCUGUUGUUCUUCAGUAACCAUCCCACGAAUGUUAUUUGACCUUCUCACCAAGAGAAGAAAGAUCAACACAACAGCUUGUAUAACCCAAGUCUUCUUCUUUAUGUUUUUUGGUACUUCUGAAGCUCUUCUGUUGGCUGUCAUGUCCUAUGAUCGAUAUACCGCAAUUUGUCAGCCACUACAUUAUGUGCAACUCAUGAGUUGGAAAGUGUGUGCACAGUUGGUGUCCAUUGUGUGGUGUCUCGGUUUUACCAAUUCUUUUGUUCACACACUUUCUGUCCUAAAUUUAACAUUUUGUGGAUCAGAUGUUUUAGAAAAUUUCUUCUGUGAUCUGCCUCAAUUUUUUCAGAUCUCCUGCAGUAACAUCUACCUCAACAUUCUGCUCCUCUUUCUCUUGGGUGGGUUCGUUGCAGGUGGUUCCCUAAUACUCACCUUCCUGCCCUAUGUCUAUAUAUUCAAAACUGUCUUGAAAUUACAAGUUAAAGGUAAAAGAAGUAAAGUUUUCUCUACAUGUACCUCCCACCUGACAGCAGUCUUCAUAUUUUAUUGUUCCACUAUGUUUAAUUAUUUUCAUCCAAGUUCCGGUUAUCAUUUCCCUGGUGCCAAAGUAGCACCCGUCUUUUAUGCCACGCUCAUUCCUCUUUUCAAUCCUCUGAUCUAUAGUCUGAGGAACCAGGAUUUCAGAACAGCAUUCCGCAGGGUAUUUCAGAGUAUCUUCUCCUUCGCUAUACAGAAUUCAUCGAAGCUUAAGCCUCAUUCUUAA